AUGUACCAGGGAUGUACCAGGGCCGGUACCGGAGCUGUACCAGGGCUGGUACCGGUGCCGUGCCGACUCUCUCGCCCCCCGGCCCCUGACCGCCCCUGGUGUCCCCUGUUGCAGGUGGAGGAGCUGCGGGCGGACAGCGCGGCUGCAGCCCCCGGGCAGCGGGAGGCUCUUUGGCUGAGAUGUACAGAGCUGAAGAAAUUGGUGGAGGAGAAUACAAAUGCUCUCCAUGCUUUGAAAAAAGCUGACGAGCCGGCACCGGUGGGGAAUUACAGCCAGAGGAAGGAAGAGGAAGAAAAGCUUUUGCUGAAACUCUCCCAGCAGCUGCAGAAACUCCUUCUUGUCUUGGAUCAGGAUAAUGUGACAAAGAAUUAUCCACGGGAUGAGGAACACCAGAAAGGUCCUCAUGCAGAAGAGGGAGAUGAAGAAGAGGAGAGUGAAGAUGAAGAAGGUGAGGAGGAGGAGGAGACUGAAGAAGAAGAAGAAGAUAUGGAGAAGUUGUUGGAUGAUCCAAAUGUUAGAGAAUGUGUUGCUGUUGGAAACUUUGAUGCCCAGCAGGAAGGGGAUCUCACAUUUGUGAAAGGUGAAGUCCUGCUCAUACACGACAAGAAGGCGGAUGGCUGGUGGGUAGCUGAAAAUUCCAAGGGGGAGAGAGGCCUCGUUCCCAGGACCUACCUUGCGGUUCCUAAGGAAGAGGAAGAAAGCCAGGAGGAGUCAGAAGAACACAUAGAAGUGGUGGAUGAAACAGCAGAUGGAACUGAAAUUAAAAAAAGAACAGAUUCCCACUGGAGUGCUGUCCGAGCCAUCACAGAGAAUGACACUGUGGAGGUAUUGACCACCACAGGGGCAGUUCCUGCUGGAUUUCGCCCAUCCAUGCUUUUCCAGCUCUUGGAGGAAGGUGAAGAAUUUCGAGCAAGUUACUAUUUGCAACCAGAGCUUACCCCAUCCCAGCUGGCUUUCAAAGACUUGGUGUGGAACUCUGAGAGAAAUACCAUCCAUCCUAGACCCACCAGAGUGUCCCUGAUUGUCACUUUAUGCAGCUGCAAGAUGAUUCCUCCUCCCGGAACCGGCGUGCGGGUCCUCAGCCGGCACGUCCGGCUCUGCCUCUUCGACGGCAGCCGGGUGCUGAGUAACAUUCACACAGUGAGAGCUACGUGGCUGCCUAAAAAUCCUCAAACUUGGACCUUUUCUCCAAGGGUGAUGGGCAUCUUACCCAGCUUGCUUGAUGGUGACUCUUUUGUCAGGUCCAACUCCAUGUCUUCAGACAUUGGGAUAUUGUUUGAGCUCGGCAUCACGUACAGGUGCAAUUCAACAGGUGAAAGAGGAGAGCUGAGCUGUGGCUGGGCCUUUCUGAAGCUCUUCACUUCCACUGGGCUUCCUGUUCCUUCCAAGAUGUAUGAGCUGGUCCUGAGUGGUGGAACUCCCUAUGAGAGAGGCAUUGAGGUUGACCCAUCAAUAUCAAGGAGAGCAGGCUCUGGGGUUUUUCAGCAGUUCAUGAGCCUCAGGAAACAGCCUGUGCUUCUGGUGAAAGUGAAGUCACCAAGUGUGCACUCAAAAGACAUCCUGAAUUUUCUCCCUGAAACAUUAGUUGGGGGCAUGUGCUACAUCCAUCUCCUGGUGUUUUAUCGGCAAAUCCUUGGAGAUGCCCUCCUGAAGGACAGGAUGAGCAUGCAAAGCACAGACUUAAUCUGUAAUCCUGUUUUAGCAACUUUCCCUCAACUCCUGGAUCAGCCAGACCUGAUGGAUGCACUUCGGAGUGCCUGGGCAGACAAAGAAAGAACAUUGAAGAGAAUUGAGAAGAGAGAUCAAGAAUUCCUGAAGUCUGCGUUUGUCCUGGUGUACCACGACUCUGUAUUCCCUCUGCUCUGCUCCACGAUUCUCCCCAGCUACAAGUGGGCUGAGGAAGAGGUGGAAUUGUCUCGCUGGAAGGUGAUCCAUGACUUCCUGAAAAGGAGCCGGGAGAACGACGGCGCACUGGAGUACCUGCUGUCAUCAGGAAACACCCACAGAGCCUUUGACAUCUCAGAGCUGGCCUACGAUUUCUUAGGAGAAGUCAGGGAAAACAAUCCUGGAGAAUGAACAAGUCAGGUUCUCUAGGAGCAUGGUAAUAAUAAAAUUAAAAUCUUACCAAAGAGAUUGUGUAGGAUCUGAAUUGUAAUGGAUAUUUCAGCACAAUUAAGAUUUUGAGAGAGAUUAAAAUUAUUUUAUCCAA